CCAACAUAUGCAAAGCCGCGCGUUCCCUGAGCAGGUUGUGCCGAUUGUCAAAAGACUCGCAGCUCUUUAGCUUCUCCACUUGUUUCCGUUUAUCUGUGUGACUGAGUCGUUUCUGCUCCAGGGCUACUCGUUUGGAUUUGGGUACUUCCUACAUGUGCCACAGUAUUGCUCUCACUGCCCUGCUCUAAUGUUCUACAUGGAACGCUGCAUUAGUUUGCGGGACGGUGCAUCUGUACUGCGUUACUGUGAGUGUUUUUGACAUCGGGGUAAUUUGAGUGGUGCUAAUUGUGACACUGACACGUUGGUGUUUCUUAGGAUUCCGUACAAUGUGCUGCCCAGUCCUCCUUAUUAGUAUUGUCAAUGUCAACCUUUCCCGCUAUUCCAUGAGCGCAUUCUGCCGCCUCACGGGGUUUUGCUGAGCCCUUUCCGUGUCCUAUAGGAUUGCGCCUAUUGUACUCAAUCGGGCACAGGAUGGCACCGAGGGACCGACUAAACUCUCCAACAUCUCUCCGUGAUUGCUGCCAGCUGACUUAGUUCCCACAAUAACUUGGGUUUAUGUUCCCCCAUAGGGACUUGUUGGAUAUUUCAUAUAAGCGGCUGGAGCUGGUACCCGAUGCAGUCGCUCAAUAUCACCCCCGAGCAGUUUGCCAGGCUCCUGCAGGAGAAUAACGUGACCAGGGAGCAGUUCAUUGAGCUGUACCAGCUGCAGCCUCUCGUUUAUAUCCCGGAGCUUCCCUUCAGGACCAAAAUCGCCUUUGUGACAAUCUGUGUGCUGAUAUUUGUGCUGGCACUGUUUGGCAACUCUCUGGUUCUUUAUGUGGUGACCAGAAGCAAAGCAAUGAGGACUGUUACCAACAUCUUCAUCUGCUCUCUGGCUCUCAGUGAUCUACUCAUUGCCUUCUUCUGCAUUCCCUUUACCAUGCUGCAGAACAUCUCCUCCAACUGGCUGGGAGGAGCUUUCGCUUGUAAGAUGGUUCCAUUUGUUCAAUCUACGGCCAUUGUUACUGAAAUCCUUACAAUGACAUGCAUUGCUGUGGAAAGGCAUCAAGGGAUUGUACAUCCUCUGAAAAUGAAAUGGCAAUACACCAACAGGAGGGCAUUUACAAUGCUUGGUAUCGUGUGGUUAAUUGCAGCAGUGGUUGGUAUACCGAUGUGGCAUGCACAGCGCCUAGAGGUUAAAUAUGACUUUUUAUAUGAAAAACAAUAUGUGUGCUGCUUGGAAGCAUGGAACAGUCAAGUUCACCAGAAAAUCUAUACCACUUUCAUUUUGGUGAUCCUUUUUUUGCUGCCACUCACCGUAAUGCUCCUGCUCUACAGUAAAAUUGGCUAUGAGCUUUGGAUUAAAAAGCGUGUUGGUGAUGCUUCAGUACUGCAAACUAUUCAUGGAAGUGAAAUGUCUAAAAUAGCCAGGAAGAAGAAGCGCGCGAUCAUUAUGAUGAUUACUGUGGUUGUCCUUUUCGCAGUCUGCUGGGCACCAUUUCAUGUUGUUCAUAUGAUGAUAGAAUACAGUAACUUUGAAAAUGAAUAUGAUGAUGUCACAAUAAAGAUUAUAUUUGCUAUAGUGCAAAUAAUUGGAUUUUUCAACUCCAUUUGCAACCCAAUAGUUUAUGCUUUUAUGAAUGAAAACUUCAAGAAGAACUUCCUGUCUGCCCUGUGCUUUUGUUUUCUUAGAGACCCUUCUUCUCCCUCCAGAAGGCCAGGAAACUCUGGCAUCACGUUAAUUCAACAAAAAUCAAGUUCAUCUAGGAGAGAGAACACAUGUGAAGACACUCGGAGGGAGGCAUUCAGUGAGGGCAACAUUGAGGUCAAGUUUUUUGAUCAGCCUGUUUCAAAAAAACGACACCUUCACUUGUUCACAUCAGAACUCACUGUUCACUCUUGAACCUGCAAAACCCAGAGACUACAUAAUUAUUUUUAUAGAUAUAGCUUGUGGCACUAAGGAACUGAUUGACUUUGAAUUUACUUUAUUAAUAACUGUUCUGUAAUAAUAAAAUAUUAGUAAAAAUA